UCCAACCGCCAGGAGAGAGAACGAGCGCCCCACCCCCGCGCUGAGAAUGCAGCGUUCACCCCACUAAAGGGAGAGGGGGAAGGGCCCGCAGCACAGACAGGCGCUGGGAAAGGACCGUCGGACAUUGCACAGUGCAAGUCCCAACUCGCAAAGCUUUCCGUGCGGGCUGUAAUACGGGCCUACCAAUCCCAGCAUGCUAAGCGCCAGCUCUAAUGUACGUGGGCUACUGAGACUACAACUCCCAGCACACAUCGCGCCAUCUCCGACCUGGUCUCUCCUCUCUACCUGGCGCUGCGCAUGCCGGGAUCUGCAGUCCCCGCCCUUUCCAUGCGCUCAAUGGCCCCGGGGGCGGCGGCCCGGCGCUUGUUGAUGACGGCUUCCGGCGGAGGGGAGGGCUGUUGUUGCUGUGUCAGGGUCUCGCCUCACGGUGCCUCCGCUGCCCGCCGGCUGUCCCGGGCUGAGACCAGAUUUCCAGCUGCGGGCAGCGCCGCGGCCAUGGCGAGCGCGGGCGGCACGUACCGGCUCCGCUGCUCCGUGGUGGGACACGAGCUGGACGUGCGGGGCUUGAGUCCCGGCCUGUUCCCGCCGGGCGGCUUCGUGUCGGUGUCCCGGGACCGAACCGCCCGGCUGUGGGCCCCCGACGGUCCUAACAGGGGGUUUACUGAAAUGCAUUGUAUGAGAGGCCACUCCAAUUUUGUAUCUUGUGUAUGCAUCAUACCUUCAAGUGACAUCUAUCCUCGUGGGCUAAUUGCAACAGGUGGAAAUGACCAUAAUAUUUGCAUCUUCACACUGGACAACACAGCUCCACUCUAUGUCCUUAAGGGUCACAAAAACACUGUUUGCAGCCUUUCAUCUGGGAAAUUUGGCACAUUGCUUAGUGGCUCAUGGGAUACCACAGCUAAAGUCUGGUUGAAUGACAAAUGCAUGAUGACAUUACAGGGUCACACAGCUGCAGUAUGGGCAGUGGAAAUACUGCCUGAGCAAGGAUUAAUGUUGACUGGUUCAGCUGACAAAACUAUUAAACUAUGGAAAGCAGGCAGAUGCGAGAGAACAUUCAAUGGACACGAAGAUUGUGUGAGAGGGUUAGCGAUUUUAAGUGACACAGAAUUUCUUUCCUGUGCUAAUGAUGCCAGUAUUCGAAGGUGGCAGAUCUCGGGCGAGUGUCUUCAAAUUUAUUACGGACAUACAAAUUAUAUAUACAGCAUAUCUGUCUUCCCUCAUUGUAAAGAUUUUGUAACCACUGGAGAGGACAGAUCACUUAGGAUCUGGAAACGAGGGGAAUGUGCUCAAAUAAUCAGAUUUCCAGCUCAGUCUGUUUGGAGCUGCUGUGUGUUAAACAAUGGUGACAUCGUGGUUGGUGCAAGUGAUGGGAUUAUCAGAGUAUUUACAGAGUCUUUGGAGCGCACAGCAAGUGCUGAGGAGAUUCAAGCUUUUGAAAAUGAACUUUCCCAGGCAACUAUUGACCCCAAAACUAGUGAUUUGGGAGACAUUAAUGCUGAUGAUCUUCCUGGAAGAGAACAUCUGAAAGAACCUGGAACAAGAGAGGGGCAGACACGACUAAUUAGAGAUAAUGGGAAAGUUGAAGCCUAUCAGUGGAGUGUUAGUGAAGGGAGGUGGAUCAAGAUUGGUGAAGUGGUUGGCUCAUCUGGAGCCACACAGCAAACAUCUGGAAGGGUUUUAUUUGAAGGAAAGGAAUAUGAUUAUGUUUUCACUAUUGAUGUGAAUGAAAAUGGGCCUUCCUACAAAUUGCCAUAUAACAUCAGUGAUGAUCCAUGGCUGACUGCAUACAAUUUCCUGCAGAAGAAUGAUUUAAAUGCCAUGUUUCUGGAUCAGGUGGCCAAGUUUAUUAUAGACAACACCAAAGGGCAAAUGCUGGGGAAUACAGACACUGGAUUUUCAGAUCCCUUUACAGGCAGUGGUCGCUAUGUUCCGGGCUCUUCAUCUGGGACCAAUGCUGUACCUGCACCAGAUCCAUUUACAGGUGCUGGUCGCUAUGUCCCUGGUUCUGCAUCAAAUGUGGUAGCUCCUUUGAGUGGAGUAGUUGAUCCAUUUACUGGAAGAGGUGCUUAUCAAGCAACCGAUGCUAAAGCUGAAAAUAUUUAUUUUCCAAAGAAGGAAGCUGUCACUUUUGACCAGGCCAACCCCACACAAAUAUUGGGUAAACUAAAGGAACUUAAUGGAAGCGCACCUGAAGAACAAAAGCUAACUGAAGAUGAUUUGAUACUCCUAGAAAAGUUACUCUUUGUAACAUGUAAUACCUCUUUAGAAACACCAACAGCACAACAACUUCAAACUUUGUGGAAAGCCAUUAGCUGGCCAGAAGAUAUUGUUUUUCCAGCAUUAGACAUUCUUCGAUUGUCUAUCAGGCAUCCCAGCGUGAAUGAGAAUUUCUGCAGUGAAAAGGAUAGCAUACGAUUCAGCAGCCAUCUCCUAAAAUUUCUGAGUCGUAACGGAAAGCAGGCAAACCAGUUACUGGCACUUAGAACUCUUUGCAAUUGUUUUGUCAGCCAGGCAGGCCAGAGGCUCAUGAUGUCACAGAGGGACACAAUAAUGUCAUAUGCAAUAGAACUGAAAUUGGGCGGCAAUAAGAACAUUCACAUCGCACUGGCCACAUUGACAUUGAACUAUGCUGUUUGGUUACAUAAAGUUAAUAACAUUGAGGGAAAAGCUCAGUGUUUGUCAGUAAUCAGCACAGUCAUAGAAGUUGUUCAAGACCUUGAAGCCAUUUUUAGACUGCUUGUGGCUCUUGGGACGCUAAUCAGUGACGAUACAAAUGCUGUGCAAUUAGCCAAGUCUCUAGGAGUUGACUCUCAAAUUAAAAAAUAUGCCUCUGUAUCAGAAACAGCUAAAGUAAGUGAAUGCUGUAGGUUUGUCCUCAAUCUGCUGUAACUUUUUUUUAGCACUUGGGCAACUAGGAGUAUGUAGCGAAAUAAUUUUUUUUUCAUAUUUUACAUGACUGAAUAUAACUGAAAAAAUACUGUGGGAGAAUUACAGAUUUGAUGAAGAUCUAACUUGUCAUGAGUGGAACAACCUAAUAAAAACUUUUGCACUGAUUG